ACGAAGCUUAGCUCGAGCAGCAGCACUGGGAGUUACAUCGGUGGAACGCUCGGCUCUGGUGGCAGUGGAAGUGGUGGAGGAGGUGGUGGUGGUGGCAUGGGCCUUCCUGUACCUCCCCCUCACGUGCUCGGUAGGAUUAUGAUGGGCUCACGAUCAACACCGAACAGUCCGCGAUUGAUGAGUCGACGUAAUGGAAGCGGCGGAGGAGGAGGACCAGGUGGAAGCAGCUCCAAGCCACCGCCAAUUCCGCAGAAACCAAGUGCGGCCUACAUCGCGAACCCCUCGCUGGUGGCGUUGGACUGCGAUGCACCGUGGCCUCCAUUUACCAGCCUCGGUUCCGAUCCGCUUUCGAUGGCGGAAGGACACCAUCAUGGUGGAGGACCGGGUGGAUAUCUUCAUCAUCAACCGGAGAUUAACUGGCAGGAGCGUUGUUUGGAGUUACAAUUGGAACUGCAUCGAUCUCGGAAUCAAGCUGGACGUGUACGGGAUAUGCUACGGGAUAAGCUCUCCGAACUGGAGCAGCGAGUCAUCGAAGCGGAGGAACGCGCCGAUGAAGCUGAAGAUAAGGUGCGGGCCAUGGAGCAGCGACUGUGUGACUGGCCCAAGUCACAGCACUUAAGCGGGCCAUCACCAUCACCGAGCAGCAAUCCGGCCGCAGCAACAACAGCAGCAGCAGCAGCAACAGCAGGCUCGCAACAGUUAGCCGUUGCCGCCGCUGGAGCCGGAGGACCAGGGCAGGGACCGGGCGGUCUCGGAAGCAACGCCGAGCCGACGAAGAACGGUACCGAUCCGGUGAAGAUCAGUCAGCUCGAGUCGGCCAUCGAGGAGCAGAAGCAGCUGCGCCUGCAGGACGCGCGCCAGGUCGGUGCGAAGGCGGCCAAGAUCAAGGAGUGGGUCACGAACAAGCUGCGCGAGCUCGAGGAGCAGAACCAGCUGCUGCGCGAGCAGAACAUCAAGUGCAACCAGCAGCUCGAGCUGCUGCGGAACCACAUCGCGACGCAAAGCACCCGGCACAGCAGUAUCGCCUCCUCGCAGCCCGUCCGGACGAGCCUGAGCUUGGACGUGCAGGACGUCAAGCGGCGCAGCGGCCGACGGCGCAGCGAGUCGCUCGAUCCACCCGAACACCGCUCGCUCCACGCCGGCAGCUCCGGCGCCGGCUCGCACCAUCACCCGCAUCAUCACCACCACCACCACCAUCACCACCGGCGGAACCUCUCGAUGGAACCGCAGGAGUUGGCCCGCGAUCUGGCGGCCGCCGUCGACGGGUUGAAUCUGCUUCCCCUCAGCCAGCAGCCUCCGACGCUGUCCACGGCCGUACCGCAAACUCCCGGUUCGGAUGUCGACGCCGUACACGACUAUGCCGAGAUAUACACGCCUUCGCGUGAGAAGGCCCCGGCCUGGCUUAAGGGACUCCCAAGCGGAGGGUCCAGCACUACCACCUCCGACUCCGUGGCCGAUCUUGGCACACCGAGGCCACCAACUCCACCCUUGCACCGCUUCCCCAGCUGGGAGGCCAAAAUCUACCAGGUCGCCAACGAUGGACUGGCCGGGGCGGGGAGUGGCAACGGUGCUGGCGAUGAGAACGAAUCCCAGGACCAGGAGUCCGGUUCCGGUAUGACGUCCAGCCUCGGUGGGCCCAACACCCGCUCGCAGACCGUCUCCGGAGGCUACUGUGAUAUCAGCGUCCCGGUGUACGCCACCGUUAAGGGGCGUGCAUCCCAGAUCCGCUCGAUGCCGUUCACCGGGGACUCCAGUGACGACAGCAGCGACGGCGAGGACGGCCACGGCGCGAUGCUGACCUGCGCCACCUCGACGCACAACUCGCACAACUCCACCAGCACGGACAACACGGAGACGAGCACGUCCGGCAGUGCCUCUAGUCCCUCGAAGUCACUCAAAACUUCCUCUAGUCUCAGCCCGGCCAAGCGCUCCGGCUCGGAAAGUCCAAAGAACAAAGGGCGUGGCCUCUCGGACGACUACGCCAUCCCGCCGGACGCGGUGUCCACCGUCGAUACGACCUGCAUGGACGCGUCAAUGCCCUCCCUCCUGAUGCGCACCUCGUACGCCGAUUCGCCCAACAAGAAGAUGGAAACGCUCGAGAAAGUGGGCCACCUGGCGAAGCUGGGCGGAAAGCUGAAGACGUGGCGCAAACGGUGGUUCGUGCUGAAGAACGGCACGCUGACGUACUGGAAGAGCCAGCACGAUGUCAACCGGAAACCGCAGGGUCAGAUAGCGCUGGACGAAGCGUGCCGUAUCAAUCGGGCCGAUGGUGCGUCCACGUUCGAAAUUGACACCGGCAAGAAGGUGUACUAUCUGACGGCCGACUCGAACGCCACCAUGGACGACUGGAUCCGGGUGCUGCAGAACGUGCAGCGUCGGAACGCCACCAAGUUGCUGCUGAGUCGCGACGAUCAGAAACCGACCGUGCAGGGUUGGGUGACGAAGGUGAAGAAUGGACACGCGAAGAAGUGCUGGUGUGUGCUGCUGGGAAAAAUGUUCCUCUACUUCAAGGCACCGGGCGAGACGAAUCCCCUCGGACAGAUCAAUAUGCGGGACGCACGCGUUGAGGAAGUGGAACACGUAUCCGAUUCGGACUCGGAAGAGAGGGAAGAUCCCGCCCAAAGUCAGGCGCGUCUCACGGUGGCCAUCUAUCCACAACAACAAGGAGGUCCUACCUAUCUAAUCCUGCCAGGGAAACAAGAGCGAGACAAUUGGCUCUAUCACCUAACGGUCGUUUCGGGAGGAGGACCCAAUGCCGGCACGCAGUACGAACAGUUGAUCCAAAAGCUGAUGGAAACCGAUGGUGAUCCAAACUGUGUUCUCUGGCGACAUCCGAUUCUGCUUCACACGAAGGACAACAUUACGUCCCCCUUGACUUCGUUACAUUCCGAAACGCUCCAAGCGGAAGCGAUAAAACUGUUCAAGAGCUGCCAACUGUUCCUCUCGGUGGCGGUCAAUCAGCCCGGCAUCGACUACCAUGUCGUGCUGGCGCAGAACGCACUCCAGCAGUGCCUGGACAUGCCCGAGCUGCAGUCCGAGCUGAUCUGCGCGCUGAUCAAGCAAACGUCCCGCCAUACCGGUCAGAAGCUGGGUGUAGGUGUCCAGCAACUACUGCUUUGCGCAACCCAGAGUUUGUUCACUUGCGAUACGCAGCAGGGCCCAGGUGCCCAAGCGAAUGGGAGCUCACCCACUUCCAUUCAGGCCCCAACCGUUCCUCCGAUCGAUUGCAAGUCAAACCCUCCAACGUACACGUUCAUCCAGGGCUGGCAGUUACUGGCCCUGGCCGUGUCACUAUUCGUUCCUAAAAACAGUCGCCUACUGUGGUACUUAAAGCUACACCUUUCACGGAACGCUGACUCGAAAACGGAGUGCGGAAAAUAUGCGGCCUACUGCGAGCGAGCGCUAGAACGCACCAUGCAGAACGGAGGACGCGAAACGAAGCCGUCGCGCAUGGAGGUUCUGUCAAUACUGCUGAAGAAUCCGUACCACCACUCGCUCCCGCACGCCAUCCCGGUGCACAUGAUGAAUGGCACGUACCAGGUGGUGUCCUUCGAUGGAUCGACCACGAUCGAGGAGUUCCACAGUACGCUCGCGCAGGAGAUCGGUUGUCGCGAUUCGGCGAACGGUUUCACGCUAUUCAGUGACGACCCGAUCGAGAAGGACCUCGAGCACUAUCUCGAUCCGCAGGCGAAGCUUUGUGACGUGAUUUCAAAAUGGGAAACGGCACUACGUGAGAAGGGAUCGGGCAAGUUCGAGAACUCACGCGUUAUUCAGCUGACGUAUAAAAACCGGCUCUACUGGAAGCAUGCGGCCAAACUGGAAACGGAGAAGGAACGGUUACUGCUCUGCUAUCAAGUGAAUCUACAAGUGGUACAAGGACGUUUUCCGCUAUCGCGCGAUCUGGCUCUGGAACUGGCCUCACUUAUGGCCCAGAUCGAUUUGGGAGACUUCUCGGCGGAUAAAUCAAAGACCAGCUCGCUGCAGGCACUGGACAAGUUCUACCCGUACCGCUACCGGGACGCCCUGAACCAGGAGGGCUUAAAAGAGCUCCAGGAUCUACUCUCGGCCAAGUGGGCGCUCCUCAAGGGCCGAUCGAUACUGGACUGUGUGCGAAUCUACCUGACGUGUGCCCGCAAGUGGCCCUUCUUCGGGGCGUCCCUGUUCCAGGCGAAACCGAGACACUCCGAUCAGGCAAUGGCUUGGUUGGCUGUCUCGGAAGAUGCCCUCAGUGUGCUCGAGCUGUCUUCGAUGGCGACGAUCGCACGCUAUCCGUACAGCACCGUCAUGACGUUCGGCGGUUGCCAAGACGAUUUUAUGCUAGUUGUGAGCGCAGAGGACACGCUCCAGUCGGCGAACAACGAACAGAAGCUACUCUUUGCCAUGAGCAAGCCAAAGAUACUGGAAAUCACGCUACUGAUUGCGGAUUAUAUGAACGCACUCGGGCACACGCUGCCCGGAACGCCACAGAUGAACACGCUGACCCGCAAUGGAAGCCAUCGGAGCAUUCGAUCCCGCGCAAUGCCCGGUUCGCUGACGGGAACUCCCGCCCACAACACGCUGAACUCCCACGCCACCCAUGCCAACAACACGCUCACCUCACACUCGCACACCCUCAACUCCCACGUCAGCCACACGCUCAGCUCGCACGGUCAGCCGGACAUCCUGAAAAGCACCCCGGAUCACCAGCGGCUCAAGUGAG